UUUCGUCCUGAUCUCACCUUUUUGGGUGUGAUCAGCCCAUCAGCCGUCAAGAUUGCUGCCAAAAAAGGAAAGACGACGACGGGGGGUGGUUCGGCAAGCACGGGAGAUCUCGACCGACAAAUUGAACAAUUAAAGAGAUGUGAAAUCAUUAAGGAAUCCGAAGUCAAAGCGCUGUGCGCCAAGGCGAGAGAGAUUCUUGUAGAAGAGUCAAACGUUCAGAGAGUGGAUUCUCCAGUAACGGUGUGUGGCGACAUCCACGGACAAUUUUACGACCUCAAAGAGCUCUUCAAAGUAGGAGGCGACGUUCCUGAGACGAACUAUCUAUUCCUCGGAGACUUUGUAGACCGUGGAUUUUAUUCUGUGGAAACGUUUCUGCUUCUUCUUGCCCUAAAAGUCAGAUAUCCCGAUCGGAUAACACUCAUCCGCGGAAAUCACGAGUCCAGGCAGAUCACCCAGGUCUAUGGUUUUUACGACGAAUGUCUCAGAAAGUACGGUUCCAUCACUGUAUGGCGAUAUUGUACCGAAAUAUUCGACUACCUUUCCCUUUCAGCAAUCGUUGACAACAAGAUCUUCUGUGUUCAUGGUGGACUUUCUCCAUCAAUCCAAACCCUCGACCAGAUUCGAGCUAUUGAUCGGAAGCAGGAAGUUCCUCACGACGGAGCAAUGUGUGACUUGCUUUGGUCCGACCCUGAAGAUGACACGACAGGAUGGGGAGUUAGUCCGCGUGGUGCCGGUUAUCUGUUCGGAUCCGAUGUCGUCGCCCAAUUCAACGCUGCUAACGAUAUAGAAAUGAUCUGUCGCGCCCAUCAGCUUGUUAUGGAGGGAUAUAAAUGGCAUUUUCAGGAUACGGUAUUAACUGUGUGGUCGGCUCCAAAUUAUUGCUACAGAUGCGGAAACGUCGCAGCCAUCCUCGAACUGGAUGAACAUCUUCAACGAGAAUUCAUAAUUUUUGAAGCUGCUCCACAAGAACAGCGCGGCGUCCCGGCGAAAAAGCCUCAGCCCGACUAUUUUCUAUGAUCUUAUCCAUUUAAUUGCAAACGGAAAUUUCUUUUAAACUUCACUAUACAUUUCACUCAAUAAGUAUGUAGUAAUAAGUAUAUUUACUUCUCAACAAAACAUAAAUCGCAGAUAAAUACACGUAAAAAUCAGUAAUCGAACGACAAUUAGUAGGAUAAAUAAAUAUAAUUUAUUUAUCCAAUUCUAUGGUAUAAAUCAAAAUCACCCUGUCCUCUUUCCAACCAACCACCCUACCGAUCCGACCAAUAAUAGUGUAAAGUGUACUCUUUUUUACGUACUUAAGUAAUUGGCAACAGAAUCUGCAUGAAUUUUAGUUGUCUCACUUUAGGGUUAUUUGUAAAUGAGAGAUUUAUGGCUGUUGUAAUAUAAUGUCAAUUUGUCAAUGAUGAUAGUGAUAAUUGAAAUAAAUAAUUUCUAUGCAAUGAUA